CGCAACUCUGUGAUCUCUCGCUGUACUUACCGAAUGGAUGAUGCAAUUAAAGCUGUUAAUAUUUUUCCUUAUUGAAAAUUAUACUCCUCAUGUUUAAUAUGCAAUUUCGUAUAAGGAAAAUUUUCGUUGUUUUAUUAUUAUUUUUUUGUGUACCAUUUAUUUUGGGUAGACGAGUGACUAGAAUGAUCAAUGGAAUUGUAGCAAAACCGAAACAGUUUCCUUUUAUGGUAUCUUUGAACACGGGGAAGGGAUUUUGCAACGGAUUUCUAAUUACAUCCAAAUCGGUCCUUACAGCGGCACAUUGUCUAGCAAAUAAAAAUGCAACACAAUAUAAAGUUUAUGCUGGAACGAUCAAGAGGCAAAAGAGCGGUGACAAAGGCGAGCAACUCAGACUUGUUUCAAAAGUAAUACAACACCCAAAAUAUGAAAGUCUGGAAGCCAUCACUGCAGGCUCAAAUAGCUAUGAUAUCGGAAUCGUUAUCUUGGAAAAAGCAGUAGAGAUCAACUCAUUCGUCGAUGUCAUCUGCUUGAUGGACAAGAAACGCGCAAACCCAAAAAGAGCAGUCGCUGUUGGAUAUGGACGAACUGAACAUUAUCCAUCCAAAAAACAAAUUAACUAUUUAAGAUACUUCAAAGUGAAUAUUUUAAAUCUGGGAGUGUGUGCUGUGAUGUUCAGAGCGUCAGGACUUCCAAUUACAAAGAGUGAGAUUUGUGUGUCAUAUACUCGAGCUGGUGGACUGUGUUAUGGUGAUUCAGGUAGCCCUUUAGUGAAAAAAAAUAAAAGGGAAGUAUAUUGCUCUGGGUGUAGAAUCAGGAGGAUAUCUUCCACCAUGCAAUGAACCCUUAUUGGCAGCGGUAUAUGCAAGAACGGCUCCCUUCAAGAAAUGGAUACAACAAAACGUUGAAAAUGAUCAUGAUCUGUGUUUCAUUUAAAUAAAAAAUUAAUUAAUAAUUUUA